AAUUCAGUAAGAGUUGAGGCAGCUUUAUGGAGCUGUCGUGGCCGGUAAUCGCAGCGUAACUAUCGGCAGAGAAAUAAAAGACCCUUCGAAGUUCGGGUAUCGGCGCGAUGAGCGACGGACAGGCGCCGCCCAACGGGCAUGCGUCUGAAGCAUUGUGCAAGAAGCGCGAAGAUUACUUAGAAUGGUGCGAAUAUUUCAUGGCUGUGGCGUUUUUAGCAGCUCAGAGAAGCAAGGAUCCGAGUUCCCAGGUGGGUGCGUGCAUAGUUAAUUCUGAGAACAAGAUUGUUGGCAUUGGAUACAAUGGGAUGCCCAAUGGUUGCCAUGAUGAUGUGCUUCCGUGGGCCCGCACUGCCCAGAAUAAACUGGACACUAAAUACCCAUAUGUUUGCCAUGCUGAGCUUAAUGCCAUUAUGAACAAGAACUCUGCAGAUGUGAAGGGCUGUGUCAUGUACGUCGCAUUGUUUCCGUGCAAUGAAUGUGCUAAACUCAUCAUCCAAGCUGGUAUCAGAGAAGUGAUUUAUAUGUCUGACAAGUAUCAUGACACUGCAGAAAUGCAAGCUUCAAGACAUAUGUUUGACCUAUCUGGCAUCAAAUACACGAACUUUGUCCCCAAACGAAGAAGGAUAGUCAUCGACUUUGAUUCCAUCAAUGGCAACAGACAGAGUCUGAGUCCGUUGUAAAGCAUCACUGUGUCCUCUUGGACUGGAGCUAAGAUUGCAAAUGUGCCAAAAUGUACGAAAGUAUUUUUAUUGUAGUUAUUGGUAGGUAUGGCACAAGAAUAACUCUUGUCCAGAGUUUGUUUU